GUGCGUGGUUCUUUGAAUGACUCGAGUGAGCAGCGUUGCCUUUGCAAGCGGCGUAAUCAUAGAUUUUCGCUAUUAUUACCUGACGUGAGAUAUAAAAACCGUCUCAGUCAGUUUUACCAUACACGUUGUCGCUGCAGUGUGCUUCCAACCUUCAGUAAACACGCGUUGCUCUAUCCAACGACAGCACACACAGUUCCGCCAUCGGCAGUUAUUUUGACUUUUGACUUACAUACAAAUUUUGUUUCUACUUAAUUGCGCUGUUUCUUCGUGGCAUUCGAAUUAUUGGAAAAUUUUUGAAAGAAAUUGCUAAAGAUUGCAACAAACCAAAGAAAAAAUACAAAAAUAAUAAUAAUACUCGCAACCAAAUCUAUGUGCGCAUGACGUGUGUAUAAAUUUUCGUAGUGUGUUGACGGCGAAGAGCGAUUGUUAGCUAAUUCACUCAAAACAAAAUAUUGUAUAUAUUUACACAUACGUAUGUAUGUGUAUACAUAUGUGAAUGCGUGUGAGCAACGUCACUGUCGGCACUUUUGUAUUUUGCUGCAAUUAAUAGCUUUCGAAAAACUCGAUGAAUAUUGAAACAGCAGCAGAAGAAAGUUUUGAAGUGAUUAUAUAAAACUGGUUUGAUUGAGAAUUAUUUAUAAACUUGUGCUGACACCAACGUAACACGUUGAAUAAUUGCUGUACAUAUGUACAUAUAUUUAUGUACGUAAGAGUUUAAUUGCUUUUGGCUAGCGUUUUAGUGCAACUAAGUGAUCACAAAGCAACGGUGCUUCCGCUUUAGUACCUCCCUCAACUUUGUAAAUAAACAAAACAAAGUCGCGUGGUUCAACGUUAUCACUACCAAAAAUGCCAGACAAGACACUCAAAUAUGCGGAAUAUUCGCAAUUUCACUUUUCAAUUGCGGAUUAUUGCGUUUUUGUGGGAAUGCUGUUGCUAUCCACAGGAACGGGUAUCUAUUUCGGUUAUAUAAGAAAGAAUAUAAAACCGGUUAAACCAAUUACUAAUUUAGAGAUGAAUAAACACAAAGAACCGGAUUUUGGUUCCAAAGCGAUGAGUGAAUACUUGUUGGGCUCUAGGCGGCUGAAAGUGUUUCCAGUAGCAAUGAGCCUAGUUGCCAGUUACAUUUCGGGCGUAACUAUGCUGGGCGUACCAUCGGAAAUCUACAGCUACGGUACUCAAUAUUGGUUGAUUAUUGUAUCGGUUAUUUUAAUGGCAUUCGUUGUGUCGAGAGUUUAUUUGCCCGUGUUUACGGCUUUAAAUGUUGGAUCUUCCUAUGAGUACUUGGAAAUGCGUUUCAGUUCCAGUGUGCGUAGUAUCGCUUCAUUUAUGUUUGUUAUGGAUGAGAUAUUUUUCUUGCCAAUAAUUUUGUAUGUGCCGGCAAUAGCGUUUAAUCAAGUUACAGGCGUCAACAUAUACGUAAUAAGUGGGAUCAUUUGUGUAGUUUGCGUGAUCUAUACAUUGAUUGGCGGCAUAAAAGCCGUAGUUCAUACAGAUGCCUGGCAAACAUUGGUAAUGUUCGUUGCGCUGGUGGUUGUAGUUAUACUGGGUACGAUAGCUGCAGGUGGACCUGGACCAGUAUUUAAGCACGCCUCUGAAGGUGGGCGCCUCAUUUUCUUUAAUAUAACCCCAUCAUUAUAUGAGCGACAAUCAUUUUGGGCCGUCUUGAUUGGCGGUUUCACCUACUGGACUGCCUUUAAUAGCGUCAAUCAGACCAUGGUGCAGCGCUACAUGUCUUUGCCCACAUUGAAGAGAAGUCAACACUCGAUUGUAAUCUUUACGCUGGGCGUUGUGCUCUUCAUAUCAGUUUGCUGCUUUGCCGGUUUGUUGGUUUUCGAUUUCUAUAGAAAUUGCGAUCCGCUAAAUGCCGGACUCAUAUCGAACGACGAUCAGUUACUACCCAUCUAUGUUAUGCAAACUGUUGGUCAUCUACAAGGCAUACCGGGUCUCUUUAUCGCUGGCGUCUUUGGCGCCGCGUUAAGCUCACUCUCAGUCGUACUCAAUGCAACGGCUUUGGUAUUUCUACAGGAUAUUGUGCGUGGCAGUUUUAAGGUGCAACUAAGUGAACGUGCAACAAAUAUUUUGGUGAAAAGUGUUAUCGUUGUGCUUGGCGCAGUAGCAAUGGCACUGAUAUUCGUGCUGGAGAAGCUAAGUGGUAUUUUGAGUGUUGCCACCUCGGUCACCGCCAUUGCGGGUGGCACAACUUUUGGUAUGUUCACGCUUGGCAUGUUGGUGCCAUGGAGUAAUACGAAGGGUGCUUUGGCUGGUGCUGCAGCGGGUGCGCUCAUGUCUGGUUGGGUGUCAUUUGGAUCACAGGCCGCGAUAGGUGCCGGUCGUAUUGGUUCACAUAAAUUGAAUGUUUCAGUAUCGGACUGUUUGGCAAAUUACACAAUACCAGAAGCGGAUUAUGGCAAUGAAGCGGACGUAUUUCCUUUAUAUCGUCUGUCGUUUCAUUGGAUAACUGUGAUUGGCGUUCUAUCAACGUUAAUAGUUGGUACUGUGGUGUCCUUCCUAACCGGACCGACGGUGUUGAAGAAGCUGGAUGCAGAGCUAAUAUCACCCGUAAUUCAUAGAUUUUUACCCAAGGAAUGCUUCCCACCACGCAAUGCAAAUCCGGAUUUCUCACGGGACAAUACUGCUCAAACUUUCACCCAUCUCUUGGCUAACAGUGAUAGUCCAAGCGAUCUGGGCAGAUAUUAAGUUACAGAGAUAGAAACUAAGAUAUUUAGAAUUUUUUUGCAAAAAGCAAAUUCCAAUUACUAUUAGUAUAGUAAGAGUAAAUGCUAAAAUUGCACAUUUUUAAACAAGAGAGGCAGGAAACAAGCAGCUUGAUUGACAAUAACAAAAGAGCAAACAAAAACCAAAUUCAUUUCAUAAACCGUGUGUGCUGUAAAGUUAAUAAUUGUUGCAUUUUGUAGUUACUGUAUUUUUUUUAGCCAAUAUUGUGUAUGUACAUAAAUAAAUGUGUAGUGUAGGUAAACAGUUUAUAAUUAGAAAUUAAAUGUGUAGCAAAAAUUCCAAUUAUGAAUUUCAUUAUGCCUAUGUAUUUAAGUCCACUUGUGUAGAGUGAGUCGAUGUCAUUGUAUAACAGUAAAACUAUACAGGUGUAAUUCGUUAAAUUUUUGGGCAAACAAGUAAAAAUAUGAAAGGUAAACAAAAGACAAGAAAGAAAAUUUGCCAGUACGAAGUUGGCAGUUGAUGCUGUAAGUCUAUAAAGUCGAUAUAAUAGCAACAUAAGGCAAGAAUUAUAAAAGUAAAUGUAAAUAUUAAAGAACGAUAAGUUAUUCGAGAUUGAUAAGUUCACUAAAAAUUUAUUAUAUUCUUUGCACGUAUUAUAAUAAUGUAAAUAUGAAAAAAGAACGAUAAGGUCAUAAAAAAUUUACUAUAUUUUUUUCACAAAUAUGUUAUACCAAUUCUUAAAAUUGUGCACAAAAUACUUAAAAAUCGAUGUUUGCUGAGAUAUUAAUUCGUGUAUCCCAAUAAUAUAAUUUAGAACGCAUUUAAUAGACUUACAAAUAAAAUAACAGCAAAGUAUGUACUAAUUGGACAAUAAAUUAGCGUAAAAAUACAAAUAUAUGUACAUAAAAAAAAUACAAAUAUAAAUUUAACAAAAAAAAAAACAUUAUCAAAAAAUGUCUUGUUAAGUUAGUAGCCUUUUCGUAAUCCUAUUCAUAUCUCAAUCUAUGUACGUAAUUUGUUUGAGUCAUAUACAUAUAUUACAAGUCAUUUAAUGCUUACAUAUGUGUAUAUAUGUAUGUAUAUACAUAUAGUCUCAAAUGAAAAAUUAUCAUAACCAAUAAAAAGAUAUAUGUAUAUGCAUAAAUGCAAUUGCGGGCCAAUUAUGAACGUCUGUGAUAACGCUUGGUAUCUGCUUUACAACUUAAUACAUUAAAUGUCAAAACAAAAACAAAUAAAUACAAUAUCAUAAAUAUUUUAAAA